GUACAGAUUCAAAGUUUCCAUUCAUGGAGAAGCUCACAAUCAUUAUAUAAAUAUUCUUGUGCAUUUAAUACCUAAAGCUGACGUUCAUUUUUCACAACGUUUUCGUACCUUAAAUUCAAAAUGAAAAGUGUUUGGUGUAUUAUAUUGUUUAUGCAAGUUUUGAUUAGUUCAUCUCUAUCGAAGAAAAUAAUUACGAAUCAAGAGACUGUUCAAAAUGGACUACUGGAUUUCGGAGUUAAACUGAAUUCCAUUCUACUGGAAAAUAAUCCUGGAAACAAAAAUAUUCUGUUUUCUCCGUACAACCUUUACACAGCACUGGCUCUAGUUCAUCUCGGUAGCAAUGGAGCUACACGUGAUGCAAUUUCUAAUGUUUUGAACAUCCCCAUCACUUUUUCGCCAAAAAGUUUACAAGAAGUAUUGCAAAACUUCUCAUCAGUUCUGCAAAUAAAUCCGAAUAAGACUUACAUAAGUGGUGGUACAUUUCACAGUGGGUCAAUGGUACCAGUACCCGUAAAAUCAACUGUAAAAACAUCUGAUUUGAAACUGGCCAAUGGAAUUUUCGUUCAAAAUGAAUAUCGCAGCAAGUUGAAGAAAAAAUACGUCGAAGAUGUCCAAUUAUACCAGCAGAGUGAUAUUUUCAACGUUGAUUUCGCCAGGAAGGGAGAAGAAACGAGAGAUAUGAUUAAUCGGUACAUCAGUAAUAAGACUGAAAACAGGAUACCUCGAUUACUCGAAGAACCUCCAGCAGAAAACACUUUAAUGAUUUUGACUAGUUGCUUGUAUUUUAAAUCAGCCUGGCAAAAUAAAUUCAAUCGUGAUCUGACUAAAGCGGAAACGUUCCAAACAGACAAAGGCAAUAUUACAGUACAAAUGAUGCACCGUUCAUUUAUGACAGGAUACUUCGACGUACCAUCGUUAGGCGUAAAAUUUGUCGACUUAGGAUUUAUCGACGAUGCAUUUUCCAUGUUUGUAGGGCUGCCUGAUGAAAAUCAAUCCCUAAAAAAUGUUUUACCCAAGUUGACCUCCGAUCAGAUCAAUGCAAUAAUUGCGAAGUCCGAUAAGUGUAUUGAUGUCAAGGUAGAUUUAAAAUUGCCGAAAACGGCAUUCAAAUGGUAUCAAUCUGUAAAAAACGAGCUUAUCAAACUCGGACUCAAGAAAGAAAUUUGGGAGUCGCCUGAUUUGAGUAAUAUGAUCGACCAGAGUAAUAUAAAAAUUAGUGACAUUGGUCACGCCACUGAUAUUAAAAUUAACGAAGAUUACACCGAAGCUAGUGCCGUUUCGAUCGUGAGAAUGGUAAGGAUAUGUGGGCACCUCCGCGAUAAACCAAUAAUCAUCAGAUUUCAUGUGAAUAGGCCUUUCUUCUUUUUCAUUUAUAAUCGUAAUAUUAACACGAUCAUGUUUUUCGGUACCGUCUUUGAUCCGAAUAGUACAUAAAUAGCUCUUCUUGAAGGUGGUACGUAAGUUCUUGAUAAUUUUUUCGGAAUAUUUGUCGUAUGGGUGAGAUUAAUAUGUAUUCAUUUUUAAAAAUAAUGUGGUCUUUUAAGUGUGUAACUAGGUACUGAUCUAAUAAUUGUUUUAAUAAACAGAAUACUUAAUUUUA